AAAUAUCCCUAUCCAGAAAAAACCUACCAAAUAUUUUUCAAUGCUAUAGAAUAGAUGAAGAAAAACAACUAACAGUUACAUUAUAUUAAGGAAUUAUGGAAAAAGAAUAUGUAAAAAAUGCUGCAAAUGAUUUAUCUCAAGUUGAUAAAUUCUGGUUUUACAUUUUUAAUGCUAAGUUAACUAAGCGGUUAGGAACAACAAGAGAACCAAAUGCUAAGAAUGCAUCAUAUAUUUUUUGGGUAGUGUAAUUUUUGUUUUGUUACUGUAUAAUGACCAAUCGACCCCGAGAAUUUGGAAAAAAAAUUAUUAUGUCACUAUCAGGUAUAACUGAAGGUUACUCUGGUCAAUUAUCUGUCAGUUGUUAGAAUAUAGAUUGUACAAUUGAGAUGUAUUUUUUAAAUACCUAAAAAUAGAAUAAGUAUUUGUGUGGCAUGAAUUAUCAUAAAAACAAUCUCACCCACGUUUUCAGGUCAUAAACUAACCUCACUUUUUGUACAUAAACAAUGCCAGGCAAGGUGAAAGUAAAAAUUUCCUCUGGAAAGAAUUUACCAGUUAUGGAUAGAUCUAGCGACACCACUGAUGCGUAUGUAGAAAUAAAACUUGGAAGUACAACUUUUAAAACAGAUGUCUGUAGAAAAUCUUUACAUCCUCAAUGGAAUACAGACUGGUAUCGCUUUGAGGUUGAAGAUUCAGAAUUACAAGAUGAACCAUUACAAAUACGUUUAAUGGAUCAUGAUACAUAUUCAGCAAAUGAUGCUAUUGGCAAAGUUUAUUUGAAUUUGAAUCCAUUGCUACUUCCUGUUGAUGGUCCAGUAAUUAAAUAUGGUUUUAAUGGAGAUAGUUCAAUUCACCAUGAAAUAUCUGGUUGGCUGCCAGUUUAUGAUACAAUGCAUGGUAUAAGAGGUGAAGUGAACAUAACAGUAAAAGUUGAAUUGUUUUCAGACUUCAAUAGAUUUAGGCAGUCAUCAUGUGGAAUACAAUUUUUUUAUUCUCCAACUGUUCCCCAAGGCUACCAAGCAAAAUUGAUUCAUGGCUUUGUAGAAGAGUUAUUAGUAUAUGAUGAUCCAGAGUACCAGUGGAUUGAUAAAAUACGUACUCCUAGAGCAUCAAAUGAAGCCAGACAAACCUUAUUUUUCAAACUAUCAGGAGAGCUCCAAAGAAAGAUAGGAGUAAAAACUAUAAGUUUGGGUGGAAAUGCAGUUAUAGGAUAUAAACAGAGUUAUGAUUUAGAAGGAGAAUCCGGAAUUGUAGCCAGAGGCAUAGGAACUGCUGUAACACUUAUAAAAUCAACUAAUAUCUGUAAUACUGUUUUCAAUGGAGAAAGCAAAGAUGAGCAUAACAUAUCACCACAACCAGAACAAAUUGGAGGUAACAAUUGUCAACAUAACUUAGACCAGAGGAAGAACGACCAGUCGCCAUCCAGAACCAAUAACUUUGCUCAAAGAAGAUCAUCAGAUUCCGAUUUAAGCACCACUCCAAAAGGAAAUAGUCUUACAAAUAGUGAUAAAUCGGGAGGGCCCACUACCAGUUCAUGCUUGAAGAAUAAUAUAACUAUGCGGUCUCAAAUACAUCAAGAAAAUUUUGAUAUGUUGGAGUAUCCAUUCCUCACGGUCAUGAAAUUCCCAGUUGAUUUUAUAGCUCAAAUAGGUGGCGCAGUAUGUGCGAGAUCUGUGAAAAGAUUAGAAACUAUAAGAAACAUCGAAGAACCUGAGUCUCGAGACACUUGGUGGUCAGAAUUGCGGAUGGAAAUAAGGUCACAUGCGAGAAGUUUAAAUUGCAAUGCCGUUUUGGGUUAUUCAGAAUCCACUAGUAUUUGCGAUGACAUAUGCAUCUUAAGUGCUUCUGGUACAGCAGUUAUUAUCAAUUUUCACAGAGGUGAUGAUAUUGAUGAAUAUGUGGCACUAUUAAAGCAAAAUAUAAAUCUAAACCCAAGCUCUGUCCCAAACGAUACUUUAAGUAUAUCAUCUUAUGAUAAAGACAAACAAAAAACGGAUGGUCUUUCAAGCAAUAAACAUUGUGAUAGUCCAGAACAUAUUAACAAUGGCAAUAGUAUAUGUUCAGUUACCCAUUUGCCUUAUAAUAGUAGUAAUAUCCCUCUUAAAACAGCGUUAGCAAAGUGUUCAAUCUGUAGAAAAGGAAAAGUUCCCGAAGUUAUAAUUGCUACCAUAGAGCCUUCUGAUGGUUUGCCAAGCACAGGUAGAGGUUGUUUUAUUGAAUCUUAUGUCUGCCGUCCACUUAAAGAUUUAAAAUGUGAAUGGAUUGCCAAAGAAAUAUCUGAUGGUUUGCCUUUUCUAGAAUAUGAACUCCAUAGGUUGUUAGUUAAUAAAUUGAAAAUAAAGGGUAUGAAUGCAAUAUUUGGUCUAAAGUUUAGAAUAACUGUUGGAGAAAAAAUGAUGAUUGCUACUGCUGCUGGAACUGCAAUAUAUUUGUCCUCUUUACCUAGUCCAUCUGUUCCUAAGCUAGUCUCAGAUGAAAAUUCCGAUGAUGCCAAAUUGGUUUUGUUACAGAGACAAUUAAAUGAGACUGUUAAGAAGAAUAGAGAAAUCUAUCAAAUUGAGGAUCGACUUGACAGCUGCCGUGUUUGGUCAGAUGAUGAAUCAGAAGAAGAAGCAACUUCGUUAGACUUAUCAUCUGGAAGUAAAGAUUGUUGUGUCUUAGAAGUUGACGAUCCGAAAGAUGAAGAAGUCCUUUUUUCCUUAAUGAAAGAGCGACCUCCUGAUGGUUUUCACGUAGUUAAUACAGAAAAUAUUCCUGGGCUUGAUGAUUUGGAAAUAGUUAAAAACUUGCAAAUGUUUACACAAAUUCGCAGAUUCAAAUUUCACUCUAAUCUUAAUAUUGACGAAUAUUUUACGAAAUUAUUGCAGAGCGUAUAUUUCAAGUUAAGAAGGAUGGUUCCAUGUGCUUUGUGCAAUAUACAGUUCAGAUGUGAUAUUCCAGAACCUGAUGAAGUGCAGCUAUUAGUAUUUGGUAUGGCUUUGGGCUUGGGAAAAACAUCUAAAGAAGUUAAAUCGGUGAUACCAAAACGCAACGAAGAUGACAUGAUUUUCAAAUUAGAUGAAGAUAACAUUCCUGAAAAUGCAAUAUCUGGCAGUAAAAGUGGACGAUAUACUAAACAGAGAUCUUCUUCCAGGUACAAGUCACUUAAACAAAGACAUACGCCACAAAAAGAAAUACAUGGAGUUGAUAUAACGCCUUUGUCCUACGUACCUGGUGCCAGUAUUGAUAAAUAUUUAGGAAACAUUAAUUUCUUUUUUAUAAGAGAAACAACUUCUAUUAGGGAGGAAGGAGGCCUCAGUGGAUUUCUUCACAGUUUUGUUACCGAGGUGCUAGCAAUAGUUCGAGCUCAUGUGUCAGCUUUAGGCGGAAAUGCUUUAGUAGCUUUCUUUUUGACUGAAUUGUUUUUACAUCAUAAUUUUCAUAAAAAUCAGGGACAAUGUCUUAUCAAUGUAGGUGGUGAUGUCGUCUCAGUAACGUACCAGAAAGGAGAUGCUCAAUAAAUUCGACUACUUAUGUAUUGUUAAUUAUUUUGUUUUACUUUAUUGUUGCUUAUUUAUAUACUACUGUUAUUUAUUGAAUGGAAUACAAAACUCUGUUUCUAUGUCUUCUUAAAUAUGUAUAUAGAUAUUGUAUAUAUGUACGUACUAAAAUAUUGUUAUUCUGUUUUAAACUGGCGGCAAUUGGAACUUUAGAUUUUUCCUCCAACAAGUCUAUAUAUAAUUGAUUCAGUGAUUUGAAUUGAAAAUCCUUACUCUAGUCUAUAAUUAUAACUGUAAUUAUCAAGAAGAAUUGAGCUUUGUGCAUACUGAUAAUAUUUGAAAUUGUCUUUUUAACCUAUGUAUUUUUGAUUGCUUACGGCUUACGGUGUAGGUUUGUAUACCUGGGAGCCAAAAUGUAAAUAUUUUGAGUCACUAAUUUUUGUUCUUUAUAAAAAAUCAAUUACUGAAGGUAUUUUAUCAUCGAAAAUUGCAAGUAAAAUACAAGAAAAACGUUUGAAGAGGUAAGUUCAUAAAGAAUAGAUCGUUAUACAAUAAAAUAUUGAAACUUCAUAAAAUGCUUGGGCAACUUAGUCACAUUCAGUGAUCUCUGCGCAUGUUUGGAAUAAUUGUUUAAUAGAGAAUCCCUAUUUCCAAAUUGCUGCAAACCUCAAUAUCUCCCUAUUUCAGGUUCUAACUAGUAAGCAACGACUAUCAAUUUGAAAAUCAGUGUGCAAGUUACAAUUGAAGCAUAUAUUUGAAAUUAUCUUCACAUUUUGAUGUUUCUUAGAUUGUUGAUAAAGUUAGUGCUCUUUUCUAGAAACCCUAGAAAUAUAUAGUAAUAGAUCCAAACUAAACUAUUUUAAUGUCUGUCCAUUCAUUUUCUGUUAACCUUUAUAAAUUAUCAUAUUAAUCAUAAUGUGUUUUUAAGAUAAUAUGAAUCUUCAUAUAAUUUCUGCAAAUAGUAUGAUUAUAUAAUGCGUUCAAAUUAAUUAAUAUAAGUAAAUUUCAAAUUUCUUAGUAUAUUUAUAUAAAGAUAUAUACAAUGUUAUAUUUCGACAAUAAUUUCAGUCCCUAAUGAUGAAUACGUACUUAUUGGGAGCUUGGAAUAUAUAUUCAAAAGAAUAGACUUUAUUUAUUAUUAAGAGACUGUGGAAUUUAAGCACCAAAGAGUGAAUUUUUAUUGGUACAUUAUGAAUGAGAUUAAAGUUUAAGUGUAAACUUCUUUUCAAAACACAAAAAUUUUGACGUUUCGAUCUGUUGCACUCUUUUAUAAUUAUAUUAAUCAAUAUAUUACUACAACAUGAAUAACAUAAUGAGUCGCAGCAAUUAUAUAAAUGAAAUUCCUUGGGUAUGAAUAGAUCAAAAGCAAUAACCUAUUCUUCACAAUUGAUAAUAACAAAUAUAUAUUUACAUUGGAACAAAUGUGAAUUUUUAUUUUAUUAUACAUAUAAAUGAAACUUUGUUCUUCCACUGAUUAAUGUAUAAAAUCAAUUUUGUUUACAAAAUAGAAUGGAGAUUGAAACAUAGUCAAGUAUCAACAGGGAUGUAUUUCCGUAAUGUAAUGUUUAUAUUGAGGGAGCGAAUUGAUAGUCACUAAUGACUGAUAAGUUUUACAUUAGCAGCUAUAUUUUGAGUAUUUAGAAUAGAUGAUAUCGUAUGUUAAUUUUUCUCGACUGUUUCUUGAAUGUGGAUAUUAUUAGUGAAAAUAUAUAUUUGUUUAUAGAUUGUCAUGUUAUAAAUAAUUUUCCAAAAAAAUUUGCAGAAAUUACUUGAAAUAUUUUUCAUUACGAUUAAAUGUAUGAAUUUAAUUAGAUUUAAUUUUUAGUACCAAUGUUUUUAGAUGUUUUGUCCAUAUUCACAAUAUAAUAACAUUUGUGUUACUCAUUAAUUGAUUUCUUUCUGUUUUCAACUUGUGUGGUUUUUAUAUUGUGUGGCACAGAUUCUUCAAAGAUAGCAAUAUUAUUCAUAAAUAUUUUCUAAACUUGCGGCAGCUGAUAUGAUGUGCCUUAUUCCUCGCAGAUUAGGUUUUUCAAUCUAGUGAAAAAAACCAUACACAUUCGAUAAAAAAAUGUACUUAAUAUACUAAUGAUAGAUUUGAGUUUUGUUGAAGUCUUUUUUAUGUGCCAUAAUAUAAUUUUUUGUUUUAGUUGAGAGUUAAAAAAUUUUUUUUGAUAGUUUAAAUGUUUUUGUAUAUAUGCUGUCAUUACUACUAUGAAAAUUUUUUCUUUAAAUUGCUCAAAAUUUUACAAUAAAUUUUGUUGUUUUGAA